UCAACCCCCCCCCCACCUACAAGGUUUUAAAUAAAAAUAAAAAAUUUAUUACACACCAUUUAUCUAAAAAAACAUUAAAAAAAGACAAACUUCAAACAUAAGUCUAAAUUACGAGUGUCCUACAACAGAGAAAAACCAGCGACGCCUUUGGACCCAAGGAUGCACGACGAAAGCAUGAUGAACCAGGGGGAAAUGACCCAGAAGAACAAGACCGGAGUCGUCACCAACAUUUUCACAGGAAAUGAGUCCGACGCUGACCUCAUAUCGGAUAUCAGCCCGUCAGAUGGUGAGCACCUUCAGCACAACGAUCACCAUUUGGAUAGGAUGCACGACCAUUCGGACAACCAAGAAAACGAGGUGACACACGGGUACGACAUGCCCGUUAGGGAGGAGGACGACAGGAGAGUCGACGCUUCCGAAGAGGAGUACGACACGUACUUUUGCGGUUCGCCCUCCACAUCGAUCAUAACCAAUGAAGACGAAAAGGCGGCCGAGGCGAAUACGGACAUCGGGUCGGAGGACGAGCGCGAAUCCUUCCACAUGCGCUAUUCUGACAUAUUUGAAAACUGGCAAUACAGCGAAGACGAACGGAAUUGGCUCAGGUACAAGGUCGAGAUGCUCAACAGGAACCAGUGCGUAGUCUUCUGCAUCCUCGGCCAUAUCAUGAUGACACGCGAGGAAAUGCAGGGCAUAAGGCACGCUGCCCCCAACCCGGACGACGCUCGACAGGCCCUCCUCACCCUCUGCAUCGGCUCCCAGUGGGACGUCCGGAACCUGGCCAUACUCAUGGCGUUCCAGGACAAGGUGAGCGUCGUGGAGAAAUACGUCUCGACCCUGCUCAUCGUCAACCCUUACAAGGCGCGCAGCCUCAUCAGAUACAUGCUCAUGAAAAUGUUGUAAAUAAAAAAAAAAAUAAUAAAAAUAAUAAUAAAAAAAAACAAGGGAAAAAUAAAGAUAAAACAAAGAU